AUUGGCACGAACGUGCAGUGGUAGAAAUUGCCAUAACGAAGAAACUAAGGCAAACCACAGAAAAGUAGGCCACUCGGAGCAAUGUGCAGUAGAAAAGGUACUCAGAUGGAGACGUGCGUUGUCCUGGGUGAGGAGGACUACCCGGUACUUCUGGAGGAACUCUACAAACUACUGCCAAGGUCACUCAUGGUGUAUUAUCCAUUGAUGUUAUCCCACAGAAAUCUCAUCCCAAAAUUUAAGUACAUCUGUGUCGACAAAUGGCCAGAGUUUGAUUGUGUUUUAGAAGUCGAAAACCUGGCUGACGACGUCUCCCCACACAGAGUAAACGGUUUCUGUCGGAGGGAGGAGUAUAGUGUCGCUUUACAUCGCAUGAUUUGUCACGUCCUUCAAGAGUCUCCGUCUGACAUUCUUCUUUUUGGUGGACCAAAGAGAAUGGUGGAAAUCAUUUCUAUGUCACGUGAUGUAGAUGCGUCGAACAUUUCGGGAGCCGGGUGUUGUGGAUCGAAGAAAAUCCAAGAUACUACAACCUCAUCAGUACAUCUAGCUUACACUAACAACGCAUACCGAGUGUCGAGGGAAACCUUAAAGAAAACUGAAGUUCCAACUCCCUUUACCGUAUCUACCAUUUCGGAGGAGUAUAUGGAGUUAAUUCUGAGUCACUGGGAGUACAAGGACGUUUUUAGUGAUGCCAGGGAGUAUUUUACACCCAUUGCUACGUCUCUGGAAUCCGUGUGUAUACUCAAUGAGAAAGGAGAUCUUGUGGCCUGGGGUUUUGAACAGCAUUACGGAGCCAUUGGGAUGAUCCACGUCUUACCAGAGUAUCGUAGAAAGAAACUGGGCAGUGCAGUAGUCUCUCUUUUGUCGGAGAAACUCCUGCAGAAACACGACUUCGUAUACUCCGCUAUUGUAGCAGACAACACGGCUUCAAUCGUGAUGCACAAAAAUGUUGGAUACGAACAAUGUGAUGCAGACCCUGAAUCUGUCUUCAGCUGGUUUAUGUAUGAGAAAGACAAAACGAAACAAUGAGAAAUAAUCACUAGUGAAGAGGUCAAACUUUAACCAUGCACACUAUCUAUAUGUAAAAACUUAUACGGUACCAAUUUUGAUGCACCAGAUGCGCAUUUCGACAAAUAAUGUCUCUUCAGUGAUGCUCAACCGAAAUGUUUGAAAUCCGAAAUAACGAUAACCUUGCUAGAGCUAUUUAUGGGGAAAACAGAGAGCCAAAAAGUGGAGUCAAAUUCGUCAAAGGAUAAGAGCUAUGCAUGAGGGAGAUAAUCCUAUAUAUGAUUAUCAUUUUCGUAAUUUGUCAGUAAAAUUCUAAAUCAAUUAGCUCCUUUAAUGGUUAAUCGGUCACAGUUUUAGUUUAAGUGACCGACAUAUAAUUUGAUAAAUUUAUGAAUGCUGUCGAAAUCCUUGCCUGACCGUUGUUAAUUUGCAUAUGGAGGACGGCAAUGUCUAGAGAUUGAAUAUAGGAACUGCUGUAUCGAGAAAGAUAAUCACCUAAGAAAUUUUGUAAUCAAAUAUUUCGCGAUGAAAUAAAUGUUGAAUAUCAAAAAGGUUGACACAAAUCGUCGGAGCAAUUACAUAAUGUUUGUACUGAGA